AAUGCCUUUGCUAGAGGAGAUGUGUGACAAUCACUUGAACCCGAAUGUCUUCACAUUUAACAUUAUUGUCAAUGGGCUCUGCAAAGCCCAUAAGGUGGAAUAGGCCUUGGCUUUGCCCAAAGAAAAGGGAAAGGUUGGGUGUCCACCAGUUGUCAUCGCGUGUAGUACAUUAGAGAUUGUCUUUGUAAGGAUGGGAGAACAGAAGAGGCAAGGCAAUUGUUAGAAGAGAUACAACAUCCUAAACUCCAAUGCACACAUUACUCUCUUAUAAAUGUGCUAUAUAAAACCAAUGGUGUGGAAGGAGCCUCGGGAAUAUGCAAACGAAAUGGAAAGGUAAGGUUGUCACGCCUAAUAUUGUCACAUAUAAUGCUCUCAUGGAUGAUCUUUGCAAGGAUGGAGAAAUAGAGGAGGUGAUGUUCUUUUCUGCAGGGGGAUUAACUGUUAUGGUCUAAAUCCAAAUGUUUCUGCAUAGAGCUCUCUGAUGAAUGGCCCAUGUGAAUUCAGAAAUGUGAAACAAGCCUUGAUCUUAUUCAAACUAAUGCCGAAGUGAUUUUUUAUCCCGAUAUUACCGCAUAUAACAUGCUCAUAGAUGGGUUCUACGGGAUGCAUAAAGGGGAUGGAGCAAUGAGCGUCUACACAUACUUGAUUGGCUAGGGGCUUGAGUGCUGCAUCGGCAUCCUCAAUCAGAUGCUCGUAAAACAAUGAAAAUAAAACUUCAAUUCUGAGAGGGCCCCAGCUAAAACAAUUGUUGAUAUAUGCUAGGCGGACAGUUUGCUGUUUCCAACUUGUGGUUGUUUCACCAUCCCGAACUAUCUUCGGAAGAUGGCUACAAAUGGAAAACACUGAAUAUAGUCAUCUGCAGGCUGCAUCAUAACUUGCCAUAGCAAAAACUACAGUGGUUUGCACUUGUAUUAUGGGAAACCUGUCUUCUUUGUUGCUACCAAGGAUAUUGUUACUAUGAUUUCUUACACACAUCACUCUAAUAAAUGUGCUAUAUAAAACCAAUGGUGUGGAAGGAGCCUUGCAAAUAUGCAAAGAAAUGGAAAGGUAAUGUUAUCCGCCUAAUAUUGUCACAUAAAAGGCUCCCAUGGAUGAUCUUUGCAAGGUUGGCGAAAUAGAGGAGGUGAUGUUCUUUUUUUUGGAGGGGGAUGAACUUGAAUGGUAUAAAUCCAAAUGUUUCCACAUUAAGCUCUCUGAUGAAUGGCCCAUGUGAAUCCAGAAAUGUGAAACAAGCCUUGAUCUUAUUCAAAUUAAUGUGAAAGGUAUUGUUUGUCCCGAUAUUACCGCAUAUAACAUGCUCGUAGAUGGGUUUUGCAGAAUGCAUUAAGGGGAUGGAGCAAUGUGCAUCCACACAGAAAUGAUUGACUAGUGUUUUGAGUGAGAUUCUACUACAUGUGGUAUCUUGAUGAACGUGCUGACUAAAACUGGUGAGGUCGAGGCUGUAAUAAGUCUUUUCUAUGAAAUGAAAAAGUUGACGCAAGUUCCCACUCAAGCUGCGUAUACUGUAUUCCUGAAUGCAUUGUGCAAAAAUGGUGAUUUAGAGGAUGCCAUGAGUUUGUUUCAAGCAAGGUUGUACUGAUCGUGCAGUUGACUUGGACACGCUCGAGUAACUUGCACUCGCAGGAUGCCUUGCGUGAGGACAACACAAACUUGGAGUGAUGAAUGAAGGUUCAACUCCAAUAUCCUGAUCAAUGGGGCAUGUUAAGCAAGGAAGCAUCAAGUCGCAAGCUAAUUCCUUAAGGAUGUUAUCCAAAGAGGUCUCAUUCCUAAUAUGGAAACAUAUUCUGUUGUAAUCGGUAUGUUCUGCUAGUCAGGUUGAAUGGAUGAAGCGAAGGGAUUGUUUGAAGGCUUGACUGUGAAUGGUUAUACACCAGAUGCUAUGAUAUGUGCAUCGUUAUUGAAGUGUUUCAGCUAUGUAGGGCAGUUCUUAGUUCAUGGGGUUACUCCAUCAAAUAGCAUGUAUCUGAUGAGCAAUUCGUAUUUACAAUGUCUUAUGUCUAAUGAAUUUUGAAAGUGUAUAGAAUCACUUUCAAAAUUUUCUUGAGCCAGAGAACUGACUAGUAUCUCAUGCAGUGAUUUAUUAAGGAGGCUCCAAAAGUUGCAUCGCAUAAAGGUGGCAAUAAAGUUCAAACAUGGCUGAUAACUGCUGUAGCAUGAAUGAAUUGCAAUGGUGGAUUGUUGUUCUUUACAAAUUCGACUGAAAUCUUCUUGUCUCCUCUUGAUUUCUAUUUAAAUUAUUAUGAUUCCAAAUCUAGUUGCUUUUGAUAGAGUAAUACUUCUCAAAGGAGAUUUUGUGGUAAUAGUAGCCCUUGGUCUCUAAAAAUGUGUGUUUAAAUGGGGUCCACAAGAUGUAAACGUGCAAAAUGGUGGUAUAUCAGCUUUUAAAAAGAUCUUCCUUUUUUAUAUAAUUAUUAGGUUUUCAAAGAUUUCUUGGUCUUCAUGAGAGCUUUGCAUGUCUCUCUUUUAAUGUAUUUCAAAGGAACCUCAUCCGCGACUUUCCUGCACCAAUAGCAAAACCUUAUCGACACCUACAACCCUCAUGCCUCUCGGUCCAGCUUUUAGUCCCCUCCCCCUGUAGGCCAGACCAAAUUAAAUUCCGACGGAUGUUCGCUCGAAAACCCAGGCCCAGCAGGGGUGGAUGGAGUCUUCUGAGACCAUCUCAGGAACAUUCUCACCUCUUUUUCUAGGAACAUUGGUCAUCCCGACUCAGAACCAGCUGAGUCCACGACCUUCCUCUCCAGACUUAGGCCUUUCGACUUCGCUGAGGGUCAACCCCUGAUCAUCGAAGAGAUGCUCAAAACAUUAUCAUGGAGGCAUACCUGGCCGGGAAUCCAACGCCCUGGCAGACCAACUGGCUAAAGAUGGAGAGCAUUCCAGCAUUAUGUGACCCAGUGUGCCUUGGUUUUUUGUAUAUUGCUUUUCCUUUUUCUUAUGCAAGGGUUUUUAGGUGCUUGCUCUAACCCAUUUUUUGUAAAGGGAUACCAUCCUUGGUAAGUCUAUUUUUUGGCAAGAGGCCCGGCCUGUGGGUUUUCAUGUACUUACUCCUUAUAAUACAACAAUUAACACUUAUAAAAAAAAUGUACUUAAAAGAAAUUUUUGAUGAGAGAUAUAGAUGGAAACUCACUAUCAAACUGUAGCAUCUCUUGGUCACUUGUCUGAAAGCCUUCCAUGAUCCAGUGUGAACAACAUGGAUUGUUCUUAGAUGCAGUGAACUUGGGUGUAACAGGUACCUGAGCAUUACAUUUCUUCCCCAUUUGUGGUAAUAUUGCUAUGAUUUAGUUUUGAUGAGCAUCCUCCUUGUAAUCGUCAUCAGUCACUGAUAAACCCCCCUGGUUCUCUCACAAGAGAGUAUGAAUCCAAACCCUUUAUCUGACGAUUUCUUUCUCUCACAGGUGACUAGGGCAAUAAAUUUUCUUCACUUUGUAUGGCAUUUUCACUACAUAAUACUUUUAAAAAGAAUAAUCCCUAUUACUUUCCAAAAUUAAAAAGAGAAUACUCCAGAUUAUUUUCCUUCAGAUGCUUACCUGGUCUUGUUUCAAUUGAACAAUGUGGCUCCAAAUCCUUCCAUUGUAAAUGGCUGCUGCUCUAAACAGUAAAACCUUCCUCUAUGAUGGCUGUCAUUGGCCUUCUCAUAAGGAUGCCCUAGUGCUGAAACCGACAAUGCUGAAAUCCUCUUUUGCCAAUCAUGUGCUUGCAAUAUCUAGUUCUCUCACCAUGUCCUACUUGUUAUCACAAAGUUAGAAUUUUUUCAAAAUAAUUAGACAUUAUUUUGUGAUAAUUAUUUUUCAAUGCUCUACUUGAAAAUAACUUCGGAAAUAACAAUUGUGAAAUUAUUUUCGAAUAAUUUCCUUCCCAAAUAUGUUUUCUGAAAUCAGAUUCUUAUGAGUCAAUAGUUCGAAAAUUUGGACUUGGUAUGUCUUUUAAAAGAAGAUGACUAUAAUUGCUAAUAACAAGGCAAAUGCAGCUUGAGAUGCACAUUUGUGUGCUCGAUCAGACAUAUGUGUGAUGCAUGCAUAUGUUAUUGGGAGUUUUGUGAUACAGAAAGGAACUAAGAAGAGAUGUGCAGAAAUCAACCAAGAAAAAAGAAAAAUAAAGAUGGCCAUGAAUCUAGUACAAUGACAGCUUGUUCGAAGACUCCAAAAGCAUCAGCAAAAGGGAAGGCGACUGCAGCAAAAGAUGCAAAUGUAGGGAAAGAAAAUUGGGACAAGGCAGGAAAAGCGGGUGAGGGCAGUUUGUCACGAGAAGGAAAGAAAAGUGCACCAGUUGUGGAACUAAACAUUGAGCAAGAACUUCCAAGUGACUCAAGAUGUCUGAUGGACUGUGAGGCAGCCAUUAUGUUAGAGAGAAUUGAAGAGCAGCUGCGGACAUUAUCUAAUGAUCCAGCAAUCAAAAUUCCUCAAUCUUUCAACCUAGGAUUUAAGUAUGCAAAGAGCUGCACCUAUUAUAAGAAACCUGAGUCUGUGAAACAAGUCCGAGAACUUCUUGGAAGAUACCAGCUCUCAGAUGUUGAGUCAUGUUUGAUUGCUAAUGCUCACCCAGAAAUAGUUGAAGAAGUGUACUCUUUCGUUCCAUCCUUUAAGUUGAAUCUAGGCACAUGCAAAAUUGAUCAGGAACAGGAAUGGGUUCUUCCAGUGAAGUAG